AUGGAACAUGUGAUGAUACACAUUCAUAAGAAAAAUAAGAAGGAACCCGCUACCAACUACCGACCUAUAUCCCUGCUUUCCAUCAUCAGCAAAGUCUUGGAGCGAUGCGUUUGUCAUCAUUUCUUUGAACAUUUUCAGGAUAUGAUUAAUAAAUCGCAACACGGAUUCCUUCAUGGUCGCUCAUGUGUCACACAACUUCUAGCCACCUAACAUCAUAUUGGACAAUUGCUGACCGUAACGUUCAGACAGACGUUCUUUUUCUUGACUUUGCUAAAGCCUUUGAUUCCGUUGAUCAUACUAUUUUAUUGAAGAAACUCAAAUCUUACGGUAUCUCAGGCAACAUGUACAAUUGAUUUACUGAUCAUUUGCGUGGUCGUACUCAGCGUGUCGUUGUCGAUGGUGCAACUUCAGAAUGGUCUCAAGUUACCUCCGGUGUCCCUCAGGGUAGUAUCUUGGGUCCUAUGCUGUUCCUUCUUUUUAUCAAUCACCUCCCUAACAUCAUUCCUCCAUCAACAUCAACCGGUCUGUAUGCUGACGAUACAAAGCUAUACAAAACUUUAAGAUCGCGCCAGGAUUGUGACCUUCUACAGGAUUCAUUGUCGCACGCUGACGAUUGGAGCAAGCAAUCCAAUAUUGACUUCAACGCAUCUAAGUGUAAAGUUCUAACAAUAUCCCGCCGAAAAAGCCCAAUUGAAACAAAGUACUACCUUGGUUCAACUGAACUGGUACGUGUGGAUAGUGAGGUUGACCUUGGAAUUACUGUGACAGGAAAGUUAUCUUGGAAUCAACACAUCAUUCAAAUUGUAUCCAUGGCAAAAAAAUGCUGGGCUUAUUACGGAGAACGUGCCCCGGCCUUGUCAACAGAUCGCGUUGCUCGAAGGACAUUAUACUUAUCCUUAGUGAAAUCCCACAUGGGUUAUGCUACAGAAGUCUGGUCACCGUCUCUGUCCACCAAUAAAAUUCCAACAAAAUCUACCUAG